AUGAGAGGAAAACGGUCAAAGCAAUACCGCAAGCUCAUGGAGCAAUUCUCCAUGACGUUUGGCUUUCGCGAACCAUACCAGAUCCUAGUGGACGCAGAAAUGAUCAAGGAUGCGAAUCGAUGUACUAUGGAUUUGGCGGCCAGGUUACAGAGCACAGUUCACGGCAAAGUGAAGCCACUGAUUACCCAAUGCGAAAUCCGAAAACUCUACGCAGACAAAGACCAGCCUGGAGGAAAUGCGGCAAUUGAAUUGGCGAAGACAUUCGAGCGAAGACGCUGCGGCCACCACCCUGACGAGUACCCCAAACCUCUCGAGACGAUAGAGUGCAUGCGGUCUGUUGUGGACCCCAAGUCAACAGGCGAGAAUAAGCACCGCUACGUCGUCGCAAGCCAAAGUCUGGAUGUCCGGAGAAUGCUGCGCGCGAUCAGAGGAGUGCCGCUGAUAUACAUUAAGCGGAGUGUCAUGAUCCUGGAACCCAUGGCAGAUGAGAGCGUGCAAAUCCGAGAGCGAGAGGAGAAGCGGAAGUUUAGAGCAGAGCUUAAGAAUACGUUGGGUAAGAGGAAACGCGAGGAAAAGGAAGAACGGAAUGGGGACGAUGGCGAAGGUGAUGAUGAUGGAAGCGAAAGCGAUAACGAGAAAGCCACCCAAGCAUCUACGUCGGAGAAGAAACCCAAAAAGAACAGAGGCAUCAAAGGGGCAAAUCCUUUGUCCAUGAAGAAGAAGAAGCCUCAGCAACUACCGAAGAAAGAGGCUGGAAAGAAGCCAGAGGCUGUAUCAGAUGCACCGGCCAAACGGAAGCGAAGGAAGAAGACCAAGUCGGAGAAUGGGGCAGAGCCUAGCGCGCAAGAGCCGGCUCCGAGCAAUGCCGGGGAGGAGAACUAA